GAUAAACACCACAUCAAUUCGUUCGUCAUUAUCGUUUGCAAGCUUGCUAUUUGAAAAUUGUUCUUGAAUGAAUCGCCGAGAGCAAAGAAAAGUGCUGAUGAUUUCAUUUAAUUGACAAAAAGAUAAGAAAUUACAUUGAUAGCCUAGCAGAGGAAAAUGGAACAGAUUUUUGUGGUGAAAUAUUUAUAGUUAAAGUGAAAACCUCAGCAAUUUUGGGAAUACGAAGCAUAAAAUGUGUUAAGUGUUGAACGUAGUUAUUGAAAAAUGUACUGAUUUUGAGGUUUACUAACCGACGACGAUGAAAUGAGCACUGAAUGUCAAAGCCAAAUUAUAGCAGACACAAAACUUCCAUCAUGUGUUAUAUGAUCAUAACCGGAGGUAGCCUCGUAUGGUUUCUCCUUAGUCUUAUAGCAGAUAUGUUUGUGGUAACGGCCAUUGUUACACCGAAAUGGUUAAUCGGACCCACAGCCCAAGCUAUUACACUGUCAACUGUCAAAUAUGCAGCCAGCACCGAUAAUCAAACACUGGCUACCGCGGCCACGACCACUUACAGACAUCCCUCAGUUGGCAUAUAUACACGAUGUAAAGCCAUACGUGAAGCUGGCCACCACUUCACCUUCCAUUGUGGAUCAUUUGAUUUGGAUGGUUUUUCCACCGAUAGUGAAAUAUAUCCUUCGCCAUGGAAGGCGGCAAUGUUUUUUAUUUCAUUGGGCUUUGUCUUGUUGACGUUGACGGUCUUGUGUACGUUAAUAUCGUGCUGUCGGCAAUCGAUAUUUGGAAAAAGUCUUCAUAAUAUGACUGCUUGCGCACAAGUCACGGCAGGCAUAAGCGUCAUGCUGAGUUUAUUCCUACAUCCCAUGGGUUGGUCCGCUUCUAGGGUACAACUACUCUGUGGUCCGGAUGCUGAACCGUUCUAUGCAGCUGGCUGUUCAUUAGGCAUUUCAUUUUACAGUGCCAUAGCCGGGGUUAUUUUAUGUUUUGUGUGUGCAGGCAUUAGUCUCAAAGCUGAAUCGUCCAAUAUGCGUACGCGUGUUAAACGGCGUGUUGAAGGAGGCGAUCGUUUAGUUUGUAUUCCAUAGUAGAUGUAAGGAAGAAAAUGUGUCACAAAAAUCGAACGACCAAACAUCGACAUCACUGAAGAGAACACAAAGUGUUUUUUGUUGUUUACUUAUUUUCUUUUUUCAAAGAAAUCAUUAGAAAUAUCGAAUGUUUAUAUUAUUGUUUGUAUUUACAUACAUACGUAUACACAUAGGCAUAAAUCGAUGUGUACUUAAGCUGCGUACUUUUUGAAACAUAAAUAUCAAUUUGUAUCAUAAUAAUAUUCUUGUACUUAUGUGUAUGUAUGCGCCUGUGGAUAGGCCGAAUAUCAGAAUCUUUUUUUUUUGGAUUUAGUUUAGUUGACGAAACUUUUUUGACUGUAAUUUAUUUUAGCUUUUUAUACGUAUUUACAUUUAUGAUUUCAAUAAACUACACUACAAUGAUG